AUGUCAAACAGCAACACGACACAGGAGUCUUUGGAAAUAAUGAAGGAGUCUGAAAAAAAGGUGGUUGAGGAAUCUGUGAACAAAACCAAAUAUGUAUCCAGGUCACCAAGCAAGGAGGAAGUGGAGAAGGAUGCAGGGGAGGAGGUCAGCGUGCGCCAGGAAGCUCAGAGGCGAACUUCAAGUCAUGGACAUGCCAGAAAAAGAGCCAAGUCUAAUUCAAAGCUUAAAUUGGUCAGGAGUUUGGCUGUAUGUGAAGAAUCAUCUAGUCCCUUUAUGGAUGGGCUACUGGAGUCCCAGGACAUCAUUCAGUUGCACGUUAGCUGCCCCUCUGACAAGGAAGAAGAAAAGUCCAUGAAAGAUGGGGCUGAGAAAGAAGAAAAAGACAAGAAUAAAGAAAAGGCACCAAGGAAAAUGCUGUCUCGAGAUUCCAGCCAGGAAUAUACAGACUCCACUGGAAUAGAUUUGCAUGAAUUUUUAGUAAAUACACUGAAAAAAAACCCACGGGAUAGAAUGAUGCUACUAAAGUUAGAACAGGAGAUUCUGGAAUUUAUUAGUGAUAACAACAAUCAGUUUAAGAAGUUCCCUCAGAUGACCUCAUACCAUAGGAUGCUGCUGCACCGCGUAGCUGCCUACUUCGGCAUGGACCAUAACGUUGACCAAACCGGGAAGGCGGUCAUUAUCAACAAGACCAGUAACACACGAAUCCCUGAGCAGAGGUUCUCUGAGCACAUCAAAGAUGAGAAGAAUGCAGAGUUCCCGCAGAGGUUUAUCCUAAAACGAGACGAUACCAGCAUGGACCGAGAUGAUAAUCAGACUGGCCAGAAUGGGUAUCUCACCGACAGCAGAAUCUCCAAAGAAGGCUUUUCUUCUAGUUCUCACAAACGGAGGCAGAUUUUUAGGGGCAACCGGGACAGUUUGAACCGGGCCUCGGGCAGCCACCAGAGCAGCACAGAGAGUGAGAUAAAGUCACUGGAGCCUCGGCCAUGGAGCAGCACAGACUCAGACGGCUCCAUCCGCAACCUGCGACCGCCUGUUACCAAAGCCAGCAGCUUCAGUGGCAUCUCCAUCCUGACGCGGGGGGACAGCAUCGGGAGUAGCAAAGGCAGCGCUGCCAGCAGGACGUCCCGAGCAGGUUUGGUACUAGGUGCCCCUGAAGCAUGCAGCCAAUCCCCUUCUUCACAGCCCAGCCGUGGCCUCCUACCCUGCACAGCCCAGCAGCCUCAGCCGCAGCCACCCCAACAGCCACCACCACAGCCCCAAGGACUUCCAGCUGCAGCCCAGCAGCAGCCAGCCAUGAGUAACCACAUGAUGUCCCAGGCUGACGAACUCAGCAACCCCUUUGGGCAGAUCAGCCUCAGCCGACAGGGCUCUACAGAAGCACCGGAUCCUUCCUCAGCUAUGUUCCAGUCAUCCCUCAUCUCCCAGCAUCCUCAGCAGACGGGAUUCAUCAUGGCAACCCCUGGGCAGCCCAUUCCCACCUCCAACUACUCUGCCUCAGGGCACACGGCCCCCACACAGCAGGUGCUGCAGCCCCAGGGCUACAUUCAACCUCCCCAGCAAAUUCAGGUUUCUUACUACCCUCCUGGGCAGUACCCGAACUCCAGCCAGCAAUACCGAUCUCUCAGUCACCCAGUGGCCUACAGCUCCCAGCGCACUCAGCAGCUCUCCCAGCAGUCCCAGCAGCCUGGUUUACAGCCAAUGAUGUCCAACCAGCAGCAAACAUACCAAGGUGUAAUGGGAGUGCAGCAGGCACAGCCCCCCGGGCUCCUCAACAGCCAGAGGAACAGCAUGGGAGGCCAGAUGCAGAGCCUGGUGGUCCAGUACACUCCACUGCCUUCGUACCAGGUUCCCGUGGCCAAUGACUCCCAGAGUGUGGUCCAGCAGCCCUUCCAGCAGCCAGUGCUUGUGCCAGCCAGCCAGUCUGUUCAAGGGGGGCUUCAGGCUGGAGGGGUACCCAUCUAUUACAGCGUCAUCCCAACUGCCCAGCAGAAUGGCACCAGCCCUUCGGUGGGGUUCCUUCAGCCACCUGGCUCUGAGCAGUAUCAGAUGCCACAGUCCCCGUCACCCUGCAGCCCACCACAGAUGCAGCAGCAGUAUUCAGGGGUGUCUCCGUCGGGCCCUGGCGUGGUUGUGAUGCAGCUGAAUGUACCCAAUGGCCCCCAGGCCCCCCAGAAUCCCCCUGUGGUGCAGUGGAGCCACUGUAAGUACUACAGCCUGGACCAGCGGGGGCAGAAGCCAGGAGACCUGUACAACCCAGACACCAGUGCUCAGGCCAGCACCCAGCUGAACAGCCCCAUCACAUCCCCCACCCAAUCCCCAACACCGUCUCCUGUCACCAACCUCAACAGCGUCUGCACGGGGCUGAGCCCCCUUCCUGUCCUUGCACAGUUCCCCCGGCCCAUGGGCCCAGCACAAGGUGAUGGGCGCUAUUCAUUGCUGGGCCAGCCGCUGCAGUAUAACCUGUCUAUCUGUCCCCCACCACUGCUCCACAACCAGCCCAACUACAACACACACCAGGGGCAGACUGGAAUGAAACAUGGAAACCGGAGCAAGAGACAGGCCCUCAAGUCAGCAUCCACUGACCUUGGGACGAGUGAUGUAGUGCUGGGCCGAGUGCUGGAGGUGACAGACCUGCCCGAGGGCAUCACACGGACAGAGGCUGACAAGCUCUUCACCCAGCUUGCCAUGGCUGGUGCCAAAAUCCAGUGGCUCAAAGAGACUCAGGGGCGCCACGGAGAUGGGAGUGGCGGGGACAACAACGGGACUCCAGAGAACGGCAGGCACAGUGACCUUGCUGCCUUAUACACCAUCGUGGCCGUGUUCCCCAGCCCGCUGGCUGCCCAGAAUGCCUCCCUCCGCCUCAACAACUCCCUCAGCCGCUUCAAGCUGCGUGUGGCCAAAAAGAACUAUGACUUGCGGGUGCUGGAGCGUGCCAGCUCACAGUAG